CGCCAAACCAACCGCGCGUAGACCUGCUACGAACCGGCGCGCCCAACCCACGGAACUUUUCAUACUUUUCUAAUGGAACAUUAGGAGUUUACGUUUUCGUGUGCUGUGAAUAAAUAUUUGUUUAAUUUGAUUUGCUAACUUUUGGUGUGUGAAACGAAUGUUAAAUAGAUAAGAAUUAACUUAGUGUUGUGUGAAUUAAUUUGGUACGAAUUUGAAGUAGUUGUUGACAGUUUUUAAAGUGUUAUUUUGCGGAAAUGUCAUAUUGAGAGAUGGCACCUUUAAGGAUUCCUUCGGGUGAUUUUAUGAGUGAAGAUGGUUAUUACAACUACUCGACGCAGGGGAGCCAGGAGGUGCGGCACCACUGGCGGCACCACAACCACUCGCACAUGAGGGAGGCUCACAGACACAACAUGGUGGAUAUGCUGUCCAACUCCAUCAUGGAGGCGAUGAACAGUAAAUUCGUGCCUGAUAACAGUGUGCUUCCUGACCUGGAGCCGCUGUCCACGCACAUGGAGGGCGCGAUGCUGGAGCGGCACCCGCUGCGGAUGAACGUCACGCUGAACCGGUCCGACCUGGGGCCCAUCCCUGAUGAGUUCAUGUACCGUCACGGCGGCGCCAUGACCGCGGUGUACUGCGCCGCCUACCUGCUGGUGUUCCUCGUGGGGCUGGUGGGGAACUGCUUCGUGAUCGCGGUCGUCUACCGCUCUCCGCGAAUGAGGACUGUGACCAACUUCUUUAUCGUGAACCUUGCUGUGGCGGACAUUCUGGUGAUCGUGUUUUGUCUCCCGGCCACGCUGAUGUCCAACAUAUUUGUCCCGUGGGUGCUCGGCUGGCUGAUGUGUAAGACGGUGCCGUACGUGCAGGGGCUCUCCGUCGCCGCAUCAGUCUACAGCCUGGUGGCAGUCUCACUUGACAGGUGCUGUUGA